AUGCCUCAAUACAUAUGGCUUGCCACAGUUUGUUUCGUCGUGUUGUCACUGACUGAUUUGUCAAAGGCGGAAGGCCAUUGUAGCGCCCAUGGUCGAUGUGAAGAACGGGAAUCGAUCACUUUCAAAGCUCUUAUAGGUCACACCUUUGUAACACUACAAACCUUAAACCCAGAGCAAUGUCAUGAAAGGUGCCGGGAGGACAUAAGAUGCCAGAGUUUGAACUUUGUUAUCAGGAAGGGCCUUUGUGAACUGAAUAACAGAAGCAGGGAAACAAAACCGCAACGCUUUGUUUUUGAUGCGGAGAGAUUCUACUUUCGACGCUGGCCAAAAGGUAAACAGAAAUGGAGUCAUAGACGUGAUUCAGUAUCACUCACAAGGUCUGGACACGCGCUACAUAGGCAGACAUUUCACAUAGUUACCUGUUUUGAACAAAGUAUUGGUUAAGUUUGUUUUAAAAGUUGUUGACUAAGGACUUUUCUGGUGAUGACUCCUCCAAAAAGGAGUGAACUCCCCACCAAAAAUCAGAUAAAGUCUUGCAAGUUUGUCCGGUCCAAAUGGGUACUUUAGGGGAGAUGGCAUGUAAAAAGGGUCCCGCGCUAGCUAAUUUGUGAGACAUUAGGGAGCUGUGUGUGUGUGUGUGUUUUUCCCGGUAAUUUCGUUACAGGCAAAUGUUACUUCCAUUAUGGAGGAGAGUCAAAGUCAAGCUCCAUUUUUGAAUGAUUGUGUGCAGUAAACAAAGCUCUACCGGGAUGAUCAGUAUUGCAAAAACAGCAUGAAAUACGUUCUAUAUUACGUUCAUUCAAAUAUUUUGCAACCUUAAAACAUGCUCUUCUUCUAGAAAUUGUCAUCCGUCAGGUGGUAUCUUUGUCUAUUCAGCCUUGGACAUGAUAAUGUUUACUUCGUCACUCAGGACACUGAGUGCACCUUUUUUGUCUAGGAAGCUUUUUAGGUUCUGGAAACUUCUAAAUCGCAAAGUGCUGGAAAAAAAAAGUUAAUCAAUAAGUUCCUGGUCUUGAAAGAGUUUUCGUUCAAUGAGUUAAGUUUAUCUUUUCCUAUUUUAAUUACAAACUUACAAAAUUAUAGUGUAGCUCUAAACUGUCCAUAGGCCGAAGACAGUCCCCAAUUAUGUCACAUAACUAGGUUGGUUUUUGUCCGUUGAUAAGGAAUUGACUAAUUUAUCACUGACAGUUAUUCUUGGAUCUACUGAGGAAAUACCUGCAGAAUCUUGCAAGGAAAUAAACUUAAACGAAAAUGGAAAGGCCUCGAGUGGUAUUUAUUGGUUAGAUCUUAAAAGAUCUGACAAGAUUACUCAGGUCUAUUGUGACAUGCAAACUGAAGGUGAGACUUUUUACCCUACAUUUUUGCGUAUACUCCUUCACCACAAUCAAUAAUAAAAUUCGCGAAUCGCACCCAUCGCAUCAUAUCUUAAGAUUUUUAAUCAUAUCACAUGUCAAUCUUCACACGCGAAGAGGUCACCAAUGUUGCUCAUGCUGCACAAAAAAAAAAUUGAUGGAAGUGAGAACACCCUUUAGUUAUACGACUGAUUGAGUACAUGAAUACUCUGUAUAUAGAGCGGUUUUCAUUUGAGUGUCGAAAAGUAAUUGGUUUUGCACUUUCUACACGAUGCGAUUGGCUUAAAAGAUUCGCGCCACCUUUUCAUCCAAUCAGAAGUAAGACCAAAGCCAAUUGUGACGCGCUCGCAUGCAUUUUCCCGCGCUUUGCGUCAGCCACAUGUAAUUACUUCGAGUUUUGAUUGGUUCAAUGUAUUGUCUGUGUCCUAUGUGAUUGGCCAGAGUAAUUACUUUGGUUUUGGUUUUACGACACUCAACGAAAACCACUCUAUCGCACAUUAAUUGGUUUAUUUGUGCUUCACGCAAUACAUAUAAGAUUUAUGUUAACUUUGGCGAUUGACCAAAGUACAAUAUUUUUCGAUUCCUUUUCCUCUUUGUUUGUUUUUGUUUUUUUUUUCUAAUGAUACUUCAAACCAGACAUAACCUAUUUUAACUCUUCUUAGUUGCUAGCUUUUGCGUGAACCAUCAAUGCCUCAACGGAGCCAGUUGUGUCAGUAUUGACGAGCAUUACGAGUGCGCAUGUCUACCAGGGUGGAAUGGAACUUAUUGUCAUUCAUUUGCAGGUAAAAUUAUAGACAAAAAUAAAUAA